AUGUCGCUGCAGGUGACGCCGCCGCCAACGACGAUGACGAUGUCGAUGAUAACGCAGCCAUUACGUAAACCAAAAUCAUGGUGGAUUGAAAAAAUACCCGAAAAGAAAGAACGGAUGCGAUUUUCCGAAUCGUUAAAGGAUUUUCUGGCACAUAUCUCAUUGCAUGGUUAUUCAAAGUUGGUAGAGGAGAAAAAAGGAUUUCGUGAAAAAAUGAUUUGGUUUGUUUUUCACAUAGUGACUCUUGCUUUGUUAAUUUUAUUUCUUAAAUACACUAUAACUGAGUUUUUUGGUCAACAUUUGCAUGUAACUCUUUAUGAUCCACUGUACCCUAUCGAAAAGAUACCAUUUCCAACAGUUUCCAUUUGUUCAAUUAAUCGAAUUUCUAAUGCAUCUUCAUUAUUGUAUGCUACUGAAUUAAGCAAUAGAGACCCUAGAAGAAGAAAACCCGAGUAUUUUUAUGGGAAUAUUAAAAUGCUUUCGUAUUUAUUUCAAUCUGAAGACGCCAUGGACCUGGAUAGAGCUUUAUAUUUUCAAGGUUUUUUGGAUUUGUAUGAUACAGAUGAUGAAGUAUUUUUUAAUACUAGUAAAACCAUGCAACUUCUUUCUCCGUCAUGUAAUGACAUCUUGAAAGAUUGUCAUUUAGGAGGCAAGACUAUUGAUUGUCUUACAGAAUUCGAAAUGGGAUUAACAAAAUACGGAUAUUGUUGUACUUUCAAUAGCAAGAAUAAAUAUCGUAUGCGUUCGCAUAAAAUGCGAUUUUUUGGUUCAACUCAAGGUUUAUCGGUGACUCUGCGAUCAUUAUCGAAUGACACUUUUUACAAUGUACUAGAAACAGAUGGCUUCAUUGUUUUAGUUCAUCCGCAUAGUUUGUAUGGAGACGUUUCAUCAGGUGGUGUCAGUGAACGUUUUAUUCCAAGUCAACUAGACUCUUAUAUGGCAAUUACACCAAGAUCAACUGAUAGUGUUCCAAGUAUUAGGCACUACAGCCCAAAAUUGAGAGCUUGCUACUUUGACGAUGAACUCCCUAAUAUGUACGGAGAAAAUUAUAGCCUGAAUAGAUGUAUUACACAAUGUCGCAUCAGGAGCAUCAUUGUACUUUGUGAAUGUUUACCAUUUUACUAUCCAUAUCACUUCUUAGACACGAACACUGCAAUAGUCCACUGUACAUUACAGCAUCUGGAGUGUCUAAAUCGAUACGAGUUUAAAUGGAUGAACGUCAUAACCCAAAGACAAACGGUUCGAGGACUCGAACGUGAAAUGGAAGAUGGUCUUUAUUGUCCUGAAUGCCUGCCGUCUUGUUCCGACAUCCAAUACAAGGUGUCAUUGAUGUCACUGCCUUUGGAUCGAUUCCGUUAUGGUGGUGGUCGUGUUCAGUGAGUAUAGAGAAAAUAGCAUGAGAAAGUAGAAAUAUUAAAAUUUUUUUACUUUUCAUCUUUUUUUUUUCCUUCGGAAAAUGGUAUUUUUUUUCAUAUGAACCGUAUCUAUAGCAACAUCACGGACAUCACCAAGUUGCAACUUUAUUUCGCCGAGCCGACUGUUCCAUUUUAUAGGCAGAUUAUUAAAAAUUCUUGGUUUGAGGUUUUCAGUACAAUUGGUAACAUAUGCGGAAUUGUUACCGGAUUCUCGUUGGUUGCAGUCUGUGAGAUAUUAUACUUUUUUGGUGGGGAGAUUUUCGUAUUCUUGUGGGAGACAAUCAUGGCGGAUCGGAUGAAGGGAGAUGCAGAGAAACAAAAGUUAAUUAUUUGUCCUUAA